GAGUUCAGUUCUCGGAUAGCUCGCAGUACUGUUACACUGUGAUUUGAAUGUAGAACUAUUUUUUUCUAUAACAUUCAGGUUUGAGACGUUCACGUAUUUUGUAUAAGAAGUAAGAAUGCUAAAUUUGAGGCAGAUCAUUGGUUUGAUCGCAGCAGCUUCAGUAGCUGAUGGUGCUGGUUUUAGACGGGACGGACUACGCGUGAAGUUUGGGUGGUCAAGCGCACUAGAAAAUGUAGAUUAUUUCUUUAAAAUCCCUCGCACACUCAUGGAAGCAGAAGCGGAGGGCUGGCGACGAACUAAUAGAGAGGGGUUGAUGGCAGAGCUAAGGAUGUACUGCACACCAGGAAGAAACGUAUGUCCCAUGUAUGAUGUCGGAGGAUUCAUCGCUGGACUUCAAAUUGGUUUCCCAAAGGAUGAUUUCGAGUCCCAGGUUCAGAAGCCACAGGCAAAAAUGAUGAGUUGGCGUGCGUUAGCUAAUUUUGGUGAACCUACAAAGGAUUUCUGGCAUCUUCCUCAAUAUUAUGUUACUGAAGAAUCAUUAAAAGCUGGAUCAGGACCACAAAUAGAAAAUGGCGCAACGCUACAGGAAGGAGGUGUAUGGGUGUAUGGACCUGACGUCAAAUUAAUGAGGAUACCAACCACCGAGGCCGAGCUUAACAAUACAAUAUUCAAGAAACAGAACUGUAUACCUAACAUGGGUACUCACUAUUACUACAAUUUGACGAAAGACACUAAAUGCGAAGACAUAUGGCCCUGGUUCGCUUUGGUUAGCGAGGGAGAGCUCAUUGGGACUGGUUUUUUCAUGUUUGGCCGUCUCGUUAAACAGUCCGACUUCAGGAAAUGGUUCGAGAAUGGACCCUUCACCAAGGAAAGCGUUAAGAGUGAAGAGAUAGAAUAUCCGACCGUGGAACAGUCGCUCACACGUAUGAAAAAAGGCAGAUCAAGGUAUCCUGAACAUGCUUUUCUUUCAAAGCUGACUGUUCCUGACGCCCCAAAGUGCCUAUACGACUGGGCCGAAUAUGGAAUCCUCUCACUCCACAUCUACUACGUCGACAAGCCUUGGAACAUUCGUUGCAAGGACGGUGACUCGUUAAAACAAUCCCCGGUGAUGGACAGACUUCUUUUCAACGGCUACCGAUACGCAAAAGCCAUUUCUGACAACGUCAAGAAAAUGUUCGGUGGAUAAUCUAAAAGAGUGAAGAACGCAGCUUAAAAGGACACCGUUUGUUCACUAUCUUAUGUAACCAGUUGUAUUUCCUGUCCAGCCAUAAGUAACAUACCAAAGAUAAUAAAGCCACAAAUUAUUAGACAAUGGCACAGACUUGUAGCCCUGCUUCUGAAGCACAGCAUAGACUAGACGUUCGAAAUUUUAUUUGGACCAUCCUAGCUAGAUCCUCUUUCUGGGGCCGUCUUCAGUCAUGCCUUAGCGAAGACUGAUCCCCAAUACAAGUGACGCCAAUAAAUGUUUAUGUAACAUUAAUAUAAGUUUUAAUAAUACGUGAUAGUGAUAAUGAAUAAAUUUAUAAUGC